AACGAAUUCGGGCGAUCACGCGUCCUUUGCUAACGUGUACAAAAUGCCCGAACGGGCCGAAGAAAAAAUCUAGUCCGAUCUAGCCGUCGCGGUAGUCAUGACAAAAAAUGAAACGGAUCUCAUCGAAGAUGAGCAGCGGGAGAUACUCCAUGAAACGGCGCCGCGUCCCCGCCACCACCCCGCCCCCGUCAAACCCCAUCCCUCGGCGGUAGAAAAAUACUUCUUCCUGGCCACCUUCGUAGCCGCCGUAUCGGCCAUAACCGUCCUAGUCAUAGCGGCCGACGAAUGCAGACAGUGCUUCCAGAAGGCGGCGGAGGACGAGCCGGCGCCCGCGACCUCGUCGGGCCCUCGGAAGAGCUUCCGCGCCUACGGCAGAACGCCCGACGUCGCCCACUUGCGGGAGGUGUUCGCCGUGCUCGAGAGAUUGGGCUACCGGCGAUCGGGCGACAACGGCUCCGACUGGGACCUGCUGUGGGCGCACGACUACCCCUUCAGCCGGCUCUACGACGAGCUGGCCGAUCUGAAGGACCACCAGCGGGUCAACCAUUUUCCCGGUUGCGGGCACAUAACGAAUAAGGUGAGCUUGGCUACCAGCGGUUUGCCGUUCAUUCCUCCGGCAUUUAAAUUACCGGUGGACAAGGAGAAGUUGUUGGGCUACGCGAAGAGGCAUCCUAACGUUACUUUCGUGCAGAAAAAUAACGAUCACAGGCACGUGACGAUCAAAAACCCGUCGGAAAUUAACCUGGACGAAGAGGGUACGUUUCUACAGGAGUACGUGGAUAAACCUCUAUUGGUAAACGGUCAUCGAUUCGAUAUAGGGAUUUACGCCGUAAUUACCUCAGUAGAACCAUUGAGACUCUACAUUUACAACGGAGAAGGUCUAUUAAGGUUUUGUCCGGUGAAAUACCACCCGUUCGACCCGAAAAUCGUAGAUAAAUAUGUAGUAGGCGACGAUUAUCUACCGGUAUGGGAAGUACCGGCUUUCGAUUACUAUUACAACACCCUGGGUUUGGGGAUGAGGGACACCCUCGACGCCUACUUGAGAUCGCAGAGUCGCGAUCCCGCCGUCAUUUGGCAACAAACCGAAGAGGCCAUUCGGGGGGUGGUUUUGGCCAAAGAAUCGCAAAUUGUGGAGGCUUUAAAGAGGUUUAAAUCGAAGAGGAACUUCUUCGAAUUGGUACGGUUCGAUUUCGUGAUCGACGAAAAUCUGAAAGUGUACUUGCUGGAAGCGAACAUGAGCCCUAAUUUAUCCUCAGCGCACUUCAGGCCCAACAAAUUGCUGUAUCAGCAGGUCCUGUACAACGUCCUGGGACUGGUCGGGAUUGGGGAGAAUAUUUACAGGAACUCGUUAGCUGUAAGGUCGAAAUCCGAAGAAGACAUGAUCGCAUCGGAUAAAACUAUCGCCGUGUUUCCGGACAUUUGCAACAGCAACGCCUGCCGAUCCAGUUGCAUGUCAUUGGAGUGCCAAUUGUGCAAGAAUUGCCUGGCGCCGGAAACCAGGGCCGUAUUGGUAGAGGCCGCUAAGGAGCACUUCCGGCGGGGUGAUUGCAAGAGAUUGUUUCCACCGUUGAUGACUCAGGAGCAAGUCUAUAAAGGAAUCAAUAUCGAGACGUAUUCACCGGAAAAUCAACUUUUGUACAGGUGGUUCCAAGGAAAAUGCCUCUUAGACGCUUCCUGGUGUUGAAAUAUUUAUGUAGCGAUAGUAGGGAUAUUGGUAUUUUAUACAAGAUAAUUAUAACGGUUGAUUUAAUUCAAUUCUCAUAAUCACAGUGAAUCAUCCUGUAUCUUCUGUACAUUUUAGGAACUACCCGAUUUACAACUGAGUUUCCAGACCUUAUAAUGUACGACCGUGAGCUAACUUAAACAAAUUUGACAGGUAUCAAAUGUCA